GUCAGAGUACCUCCGAUACACAGGGGUGUGACACGUCACAGGUAAUACAAUCUAAGCUCUGUCUGUGUGACGCUAACUACAUAAGAGCACGCUCCCUUGCACACACAGCAGAAUCAAAGGGAACAGCAGCAAACUGAAGACAUCCUAUCUCCUUCAGAGUUCUGGUUUGAUUCCACUCUGCACCUCCGGGAUCUCUUCACAGAGCCACGACCACACAUCCAGCCAUGCGGUUCAACGUAGUGUUCAUUCUAAUCCUAGCCUGUCUAUGCGUCACGCUGGCCCAAGGUUCCUAUGAAGACUGCUGUCUGAAGUACGUGCGGAGGGUGAAGAAGACCGCUUUGAGGAUGGUGACGAGUUACAGGAGGCAGGAGACGGACGGGGGCUGCAACAUCCACGCUAUAGUGUUCACCAUGAAGAGAGGCAGGUUGUUCUGUGCUGACCCCAGAGAGAAGUGGGUGAAUGAACUGAUGCUGAAGGUCGAAACCAAGAAGAGUAAAAAGCACAUGAAGGGCCUAAAGAAGCGAGGAGGCUAGAAGCUCUGCCUUCGAGGCCGUGUCGUCUAUAACCAUUUACUCUGCCAUCCUGCCGUGACGAGUCCUGUUGUAAAAUCAGUACGAUUUUCGAUGAUGUCUGGUCAUUGGAGGGAUAUUUUUGCUUUUCAACUGCAGAAGACAUCUGCUGCUUUAACAGAGAUCUAACUGGAAAUGCUGCAUACUUUCUGCUACUGUGCAGUUCUGCUCUUCCUUUAACAGACACCCGUACCUGUUGAAGUCAGCCCAGCCAUUCUGUAUGGCUGCAUUUUGCUGUAUAGCAAUCCUGUCGGAACCUGUGUGUGUGUGUGUGUGUGUGUGUGUGUGUGUGUGUGUGUGUGUGUGUGUGUGUGUGUGUGCGUGCGUGCGUGCGUGCGUGCGUGCGUGCGUGCGUGCGUGCGUGCGUGCGUGCGUGUGUGUGUGUGUGUGUGUGUGUGUGUGAGCGUGUGUGUGUGUGUGUGUGUGUGUGUGUGUGUGUGUGUGUGUGUGUGUGUGUGUGUGUGUGUGUGUGUGUGUGUGUGUGUGUGUGUGUGUGUGUGUGUGUGUGUGUGUGUGAGCGUGUGUGAGCGUGUGUUUGUACAGUUUUUUGUUUGUAGCCUAAAACCAGUGAUGUUAAAAGUACCCAAUUGCCAUAGUUGAGUAAAAGUAAAGAUACCAUAAUAGAAAAUGACUCAAGUGAAAGUGAAAGUCACCCAGUAAAAUACUACUUGAGUAAAAAUCUAAAAGUAUUUGGUUUUAAAUAUACUUAAGUAUCCAAAGUAAAUGUCAUUACUAAAAUAUAUUUAAGUAUCAAAAGUAAAAGUAAAAGAAUAAAAAAAAUCCUUAUAUUAAGCAACCCGGAUGGCACAGUUUAAUUAUUUAUUUUAUAUAUGGGUAGCCAGGGGCACACUCCAACACUCAGACAUCAUUUACAAGCAACGCAUGUGUGUUUAGUGAGUCCAUCAGAUCAGAGGCAGUAGGGAUGACCAGGGAUGUUCUCUUGAUAACAGCGUGAAUUAGACCAUUUUCCUGUCCUGCUAAUAAGCAUUUAAAAUGUACUUUUGGGUGUCAGGGAAAAUGUAAGGAGUAAAAAGUACUUUUUUUUCUAUCAGGAAUGUAGUGAAGUUAAAGUAAAACCUGUCAAAAAUAUGAAAAGUUAAGUAAAGAUUCUCAAAAAAGUAUUUCUACUUAAGUAUUUUUUUUACACCACUGCAUAAAAUCUGGUAUUGCAUUUCACUGUAAGGUCUACUACACCUGUUGUAUUCGGCAUUUCACUGUAAGGUCUACUACACCUGUUGUAUUCGGCAUUUCACUGUAAGGUCUACUACACCUGUUGUAUUCAGCAUUUCACUGUAAGGUCUACCUACACCUGUUGUAUUCAGCAUUUCACUGUAAGGUCUACUACACCUGUUGUAUUCGGGCGCAUGUGACAAAUACAAUUGUAUUUGAUUUGCAUUGAACAUAGCGCCACCAACCAUUGCGCCACCGAGUAAAAGUGCCUACAAUUUUUGAAUGAAAUCUCUUUGCAUUUGUGUAUUCUUUGUAUGUUUUGUAGAUUUUUUGUCAAAUGUAUAUUUUUCUCGCUUGUUAUAUCGGUUUUCACUAACAAAUACUAAUAAAGUUGUGUACUGCGUUUCA